AUGAUUGGAGCAAAUUCUCAAGCAGCCAUGACUGUGGUUAAGGACGAAAAAACCAAAGAAAUUUCGUCAGAAUUCCAAAUUAAGACCGAGGCGGAGCUCUCGAACUUGGGGCAUUACUAUCGUUCGUGUCCUCGAAAUAAAAUCCAAGCGUAAUUUUCAUAUAGGCAGGAGAAAAGACUUAUGGAGAAAACUCUGCUCUCAAAAGUAGGGCCAAAGGAGAAAGAACACCAAAGGAAAAAGAUCCUCAGGAACUUUUUCGCAUGGAAUGCCAAGCAAAUGCGAACAGAUCCGAAGGAAAUUAAAUUCUGGAACUGGAUUAAGACCUUGAACCCAGACAAUGUCUAUUCCGAUGAGCGCUUUAAAUCGAUGUCUUAUGAGUUUCUUGAUAGACUUCUGUCUAAAUCCAUCUUCCGAGAAACUAUGAGCCAUUGACUUAGCAUUUAUGAGCCUUCUCUUGAGGCUGGUGAUGAGGACCAAAAAACCCGACAUUUUAUCUCCUUCAUCAGAAGUUGUAUCAGCAUUAAAGAUACUGUGAAUUCCAAAAAGGAGAAUUUUAUUGCGGACCACAAUAUAGAAAUUACCUUUGAUGAAGUAUGCAUAUUAAAAUGGCGGUACUUGCUAGCCUGCCCUCUUGGCGCAGAGGUCUACCUUAUGGGCACAGCGAACUGAGAUCGACCCCGAGUCAAGAAUCAAGUGCAGGAUCAAGAGAUGUGCAUAUCUGAUCGGUUUUGGCUGCUUUCCUGUGAUUGAAAUGGAGGUGCUUAAUAGCAUCCUUUGGAACCGAGUACUCAUUGGCAUUACUCUAGUGAAAAACUGGGGUGUCGGCUCAGGCAAUAGGGAAUAGCCUUUUUCCUAUAGCUGUUGAAGAAAGACACUUUGACACCCUAUACCUUCUAGGAGUUGAUUCAUGUAGUCAAGCAACUCCAAUCAAGACUGAAGCCGCAAGGAGGAGACAGAAGGUUCCAGGAAGUGGCAUCAACCUUUGCAAAGACUCUCUGGACUGGAGUCAAAAAAUGGCUAAACCUCCUGUACGGGGAGGUCUUUGGUAACUGCGUAACCAAUAUGGUUAACGAUAUUUUAAUGGCCUAACCUAACCUUUGAUGAGGUAAAAUCUAAUUCCUCCUUAAAAAUUACUCAAAAACAGCCAAUCAGUGCUGGCUGCUAUUUUGAGAUAAAAUGCACAAACCCUUCCUGCUCCCUUUUGAAAGCCAAAGAGUUUGUGUAUUUAGGCAAUGGAGGGACAUUUGAAUACCUAAACGAAGCUCAAAGUUGUGUCUGUAGAGAGUGUAGAGCACCAGUUUCAGUGUUCAAUGUAGGGUUUUUGUCGUGUAAAUGGGCUUUUAAAGGGAAUACCACCGAUGGGCAGUAUGUUGAGUUCCCAGUUGACCUUUGCACUGGGUAUACAAAUUUAGAUGAAAUUAAGCUUCAUUCUUGGAUGUGGCUUCAAAUAAAAACAUGUGACUUGACAUCAGAAGAGAAUGAUUUCAUUACAGGCUUGGUUGUUGGUUCGUUUCAAGAUCAAACCAUUCCUAAGAAAAAAUAUAAGAAAAGGAAAGAGAUAAGCUCAGAGACGACAUGUGAAGACAGUGGACAAGAAAAAGGGAUGAAUAUAGAGCUGGAUUCUGGGACUCAGUUUUCAGCUGACAUGAUUUCUCAAGGAGUUCAGACUGCUGAUGAAACUGACCCAAGCUUUUCUCUCAGAUUCCAAUUCAAAAGAGAUUUGGAUAAUAUCAAGAGGCAGAUUUCUGAAAUUGCAUUUAAUACUUAUAAAAAUGAGCAGACGAUUGCUGCUCUCAAAGAAGAGUAUCGAAGACUUACGGAAAAUGGGCAAAAAAAGGAUGUUUAA